ACGUGGUGCCGUCAUUACGCAGGGCGGCAGGCGGGAGGCCGAAGACAAGACGUACAGGGAGGAGGAGAAGGAGGAGACUGGAGGUUCAGGCGGUGGUAUUGGGGGGGCAGCGAUAAACACAACAUGGCGGAAGGAGCCGCCGCUGCCGCGCAAGCAAAGGAGAGGCGGAAGGAACAGCUGAGGCAGUGGGCUCGUUCCUGUACCAACCAGGAGCCCGCCGAACCGCGCUGGCAGCGGCGAAGAAGAAGGCGGCGGCGAGUUGGUGACGGUGAUGAGGAGGAAGAUGAGGGGGACCGGGGUUCCCAGGGAGAAGGGGAUGGGCGGGCGGUGCGAUUUGAAAGGUCGGCCGAGUUCCUGGCAGCCUGCGCCGCUGGGGAUCUGCUGGAAGCGGAGGAUAUGCUGACAAGGGACAGUGGGAAAGAGGUGAUUGACAGCACCAACACGGACGGGAUCAGCGCUCUGCACCAGGCAUGCAUUGACGAAAACCUGGAGGUGGUGGAAUUUCUUGUAAAUCAUGGAGCAAAUGUGAACCAAGCAGAUAAUGAAGGGUGGACUCCCCUACAUGUGGCGGCCUCCUGUGGCUACAUGGAGAUUGCAGAGUAUCUCCUAAAACAUUCUGCAAAUAUUGCUGCUGUAAAUAGUGAUGGGGAUGUUCCGCUUGAUAUUGCUGAAGAUGACUGUAUGGAGAAUUUGUUGCGCGCUGAAAUUGCAAAAGGAGGUGUUGAUAUUGAGGCUGCAAAGAGGGAAGAAGAAGAAGUAAUGCUUCGGGAUUCCCGGCAGUGGUUAAAUGCAGGAAAAAUUGAAGACAUCAGGCAUUCAAAGACUGGAGCAAGCGCCUUGCAUGUUGCAGCAGCUAAAGGCUAUAUAGAGGUCAUGAGGCUUCUGCUUCAGGCUAAUUUUGACCCAAAUGCACGAGAUAAAGAUGGCUGGACACCUCUUCACGCUGCAGCUCAUUGGGGAGUGGAAGAAGCUUGUCGGCUACUUGUGGAACACUUUUGUGACAUGAAUGCUCUUAAUUCUGUGGGGCAAAGGCCAUGUGAUGUUGCAGAUGAAGAUGUACUUAGUCUACUGGAAGAGCUGCGCAAAAAGCAGGAAGAUCUUCGCAAUGAAAAAGAAGCCAACAAACGUGCUGUGAUAGACACAAAUAUGGAACAACAUCCUUCUUACACCAAUAAACACAGAAGGAGUUCAGUGUGUCGAAUGAGCAGCAAAGAAAAAAUAUCCGUGCAGGACCAGUCAAAAGAAAGGAAGACACUGGGAACAAUUUCUGUUGGGGAAGAAGAGACUAUUUCCAGCUCAGAAGAGGAGACAGAGGAUGCUUCAGAGCCUGGAAACAACACACAAGUAAAUGAAAAUGGACUUCUACCUGAUACGCAUAACAGUGCUGUCAGCUCUGUCUCUUCUGAGCAAAAGUUCACUGGGGCCCCCAGCAGCGUCUCAGAAAAAAGUGAACUACCCCUGUCCAGUUUGAGAGCAGGCUUACGCAAAACGGGCAGCUACGGGGUUCUGCAAGAUGCCAAACUAGCAGGCAGUAGCGUCAAAGAUCUUGGGAUCAAGCGUUCUGCUUCAAGUCCCCGCUUGGACACCCAAGAGAGGAAUAAAGAACCUCUAAUGGCUCGUGUUCAGCCAACUCCAGGCCGAAGGAUUUUCUCUUCUCCAGAGAGUGCACAAGAUGGAAAGAAAGAAGACACUGAAGGUGGAUUACAGAUGAAACUUGAUAUGGUUCCCACCACACAGUUGCACACAAACACCUCCUCCAGCAUGGUUGCCACUUCUUCCACAUCCUCCUCUGGCACAGGUUCCAGCACUGAUUCACAAGAUAAGCGAAGGUCAUACCAAACACCAGUACGCGAUGAAGAAUCUGAGUCUCAGCGAAAAGCCCGCUCAAGGCUUAUGAGGCAGUCAAGGAGGUCUACUCAGGGUGUCACACUCACGGACUUGAAAGAGGCAGAAAAGACAUUGGGGAAACCAGCUGAUAGUCCAUCAUCUACUGAGCCAAAAACUGCAGCAGAAGAUAGGGGGGAAAAGGCCCAGUCCUUGGAAAGCGUGGAUAUAACCAGGCGACUGGGUCUGCCAAGCACUGAGCAGAAUAUGUCUGCAUCACCUAUAAAUACUGUGAAUUCUCCCUCAAACAAAGAAAUAGAAUCGACUAGCAAAGAGGAAACAGAAGCAGAAAGCCAAAACCAUUUGACAGCAAGAGACAGAAGAAAAUGGCGUAAAGACCAACGAUUGGCCUUGGGGACAAAUUCUUAUGCGGGGAUGGAGAAUGAAGAGACAGAAUCACUAAAUCACAAUGAAACAGCAGGACAUGGGGUAACACAAAGUUGGAGCAGUUUUCUGCCUCACAGAACUGGGAGUCACACAUUUCAAAGGCAUAGCAGUAAUUUCAGCUCAAAAGAAGAGUCUGAAAAGGACUAUAAAAAGUUGUAUGAAAACUUACUGGCUGACAAUGAAACACUCAGAGACCAGCUUCAAGAGACAGAGCUUAAGCUUACCCAGAUACGGUUAGAGUUGGAACGAGUCACACAGAGACAGGAGCGCAGUGCAGAGAGACCUGCAUUACUGGAGCUUGAGAGAUUUGAACGAAGAUCACUAGAGAGAAAAGUGGCUGAACUAGAAGAAGAGUUAAAGGUUCUCUCUGAUUUAAAGGCAGACAAUCAAAGACUGAAAGAUGAAAAUGCAGCCUUGAUCAGGGUCAUUAGCAAACUUUCCAAGUGAAAGCAGUAGAGGAAAUGAAAGCAGUCACAGACACCUUGCGUUGCAUGACCAAGAGGACCUAAAGAUUUCUAUCUGCAAGGCCAAAAUUAUGGACCUCCAAGUUUUGUUAGCUGCUGCAGAAAGACUUGUAUGAGCAACAGAAAAUGUCUGUGUAUGGUUUGCUGCACACACUGGAGCCAGCCUUCCCGAGAGCCAGAAUCCUAAUCCAUGAACGUAAUGGAAAUGUGCUAGUUUAUUAAAUAGUUUUAUUCACUUUUUUUUUUUUUUUUUAAAUAUGUAUAUCUAUAAAUAUAUACACGUAUAUGUAUAUUCAUAUGUUCCACGCUGGCACUUCAGGAGCUUUACUCAAGGAAAACUUCACACCCUGAAAACUCAAUUUUUUGCCACAAAUGGUGAACUAGUAAUUUAUAUUAAUGUUUUCACUGAGUAUUCACUGAGCUGUCAAAUGUAUCUGCCCCUGUUUUGCUGCAGUUGGACUUGUGCUUUAAAGUACAGAACAAAGUAUAUUCUUAGUAACACCCUCUUUGAAAAUCCCAUCAGAGCAUCCAAAGAUAAGGCAGUUAUUAGCAUGGCAUUGCAUUUUGUGCUUCACACACUCCCAAACAGCUCUUCUUGCAGAUGCAAAUUGGUUCCACUUGUAAGACUCUCCCAUCCCCUAAAUUCAGUGGCAUCUUUAAAGCCACUGCAUAUUGUGGAUUCAGUGGGUUUUAUUAGUGGUUAAUUGUUAGCUAUGACCCCAGCACUCUCCUGAAGUCACAUCAAAACAGAAAUGAGUAAAUCAAGACUGGAUGUUUGUAGGAGAUGUAGUGAGGCCUCCAGGUGCCCGCUAUUGGGUUAAAGUCAUAUGGUGCAAAUUCUGUAACAUUUUAAAGUAUAAGUAAACUUUUUUUUUAUUGAAAAAUUCCUAAGAACACUCUAAACAUAGGUUUCUCCCUGCAUCCAUGUCAUUUCUAAAUAAACCGAAAACUGCAGCUCAUUUUAGUGGUUUAGUGUGAAGCCCCACCCCCUUUUUUAAACUUUCCUCUCUUUGCCUGUUGCACAUGCCUGGUUGAGUUCUGUUGGCACAAAGACCGCAAGCAUGCGCAAUAAACACCUCUUUGACCAUUUUUACAGAGAAUGAGAAGUAGACCAGGAAGUAGCUGAAAUUAGCUGCAGUUUUCUGCUUGUUAUUUAGAUAUGACAUGAGACUGAAUGCAGGGAGAAAGGUAUGUUAUUCUGGGAGCUGCUUAGUCAUUUAUAGAUUGGAAAUAAUACAAAAAAAGUUUACUUAUUCUUUAAAUGUUGAGGUAAAGUCCAAUCAGUAACCCAAUACCACACACUCAUGAACUUAACUGUCUAUCAAAGCAUACUGCCAGAGGCACACCUAUGUGUGACAUUACCCUCAGCAUUAUCUGCAGUAAAUGUCACCAUUUCAGUUAGACACAGAUGUAAGGCAUGCUUGUGUACCACAAGGAAUAUCUGCAGGUCCCAUUCAUACUGUAUAUUUUAUUCAUAGCUAAUCACUAAAGCCGUACCAUACCAUUUUUAUGUUUUAAUUUCUUCUUUUAUUUAGAUCCUGCCAACAGGAGUUUAAAUUGCCAGAAAGGUAUUAGAUAUAUGCUGCCAUAUGAUGUUAAAAGAUCUCUACUUACCCGUAUAGUCUUUAUUCAGGGAGUCUCCGACUCCCUCUGUCCCACCGAGUUCCCAUUGUGGAGCACCAGAGCCUCCAUGUUUCCGCUGAAUUUUAGGGCUGUUCUCGUUUUCCCUCAAAAUAGUGUUUGUGCUUUUAAUAUUUUAAACCAAGGAGAGGGCAAAGGAGAAGGGAUAUUUUACUUGUCUGCAGAGCUGUUCUAUUUUAAUGAGUUAAGUAUUUUACAGCAGUAAUGUGCCUGCAUAAUAGUAAGGCCAUUUAACAGUAUUUUCCUCUAUGUCAAACAUUUGAACAGAUAUUCCAGUGCUGCUUGACAUUCCCAACUGUGAGGCUAGGGUUCCUUAGGGUUACAGUACAUAAUGUACACUGAUGGGAAGUAUUAGUUUUAGCCUUAGUGUAGGUCUAUAUGCUAGUCUAUACGAGUUCUACCAUGGCCAAAUGCAGUCUUAUGCAUCCAGUCGGCCUCCUGUCUUUUAUAGAGAAAUUAAGUAAGUUCUUGCAGACUAAGUCCCACCUCCCUGUGCAUGAAUGACAGUAAAUGUAACCAAAUGAUAGGGUCUCUUUGGCCACUGCACUGACUCUUUCUGCCUCCAGAACCAUACAGCUGGUGCUUAGAGUGAUAGUUUAGUGCCAGCCAUAUGUUGUGCAGCGACACUGUAUUUUGUUUCUUUUAUGUUUUUGUAAUAAUUCAGUUUAAAAAAAAAAAGUUCCAUAAUGUUUAAGUUAAUUAAAUGCCAAAACAGAAGAAAUUUGUCGGGCUUGGCCACCAGGUGGGGGUGGAAAUAUCACUAUUUAGUGAAAAGGCUCUAGUAUGUACUCGCAGGCAUUCUAGCUGGCUGCAUUACAUAUUUUUAAGGUAAACAUUUUUAACCCACUCUAUGCUGCCAUAUGUAUAUUAUUAGUCUAGUUAUUGACUUGUAAUAUUGAUUUCUAGCAGCAUUGGCUGCACUGUGGUUUUUCUGCUAAACUUGCAGGAUUGUGGUUGCACCUAUACCUGACAAGUAUAAUGAGUGUAUAGAAAGGGCAGCAGGAGAAAAGGCUAUCAUUCAGCAACUGGAGAUACUUUAGUUCUGGGCUUAUACGUAACACAGAUACCAUAUUAACUGAGAAGUGCUUUUCCAGGUUAGGCUGAUAAAAGAUUCCAUGACUGUUUUUCGAAUCCUAUAGUAACCAUGGUGGGGGCCCCAUUUGCCUGAGGGCUUCUGCCAUACCUUGUUUCCACUUGCAGUCACGAGAUCCACAGCAGUUUCUUGCGUUUUGUUGACAUUUCUGGUCUUUGGAAAAUGUAUGUCAAAUAUUAUACUGCACCCUUGUACUUAAAUCUGAUUGGCUGCUGUGUUACGUUUCUAAGUGAGUGGCUAAUGGGAGUACUGUAGCCAUAAGUGAUAUUAGUGAAAACAAGGUUUCACUUACACAGCAAGUAAUUUCCUACACUCACUACUUCAAUACACCCUUCCUGCGACUGAUCUAUAACUCCCACGCACUCUUCUUCUACUGCCUCCCAAUCUGCUGCAUAGUUCUGAUACUUUUUGUUGCUUAACCAGAAAUUGUUACCUUUUAGUUAUUUUUUGUUGGGUGUAAUAUAGGCAACUUUGCAGUUGGUCUUUUUUUCCCUCUUCAGUGACUCAUACAGGUUAUGCAGAUGUGGAAACUUUCGUCCAGAAUUCUUGGGACCUGGAUUUAUGGAGAUAAGGGAUCUUUCUAUAAUGCGGACCUUUGGGAUCUAGGCCUAAAUAUAAAUGUAUAAAUCUUACAGUAAUGUUAAAGUAACUCCUAUUGAAAGCAGUAUUUGUAUCCGUUUCUGACAAUAUUACUAUUAAAACGAUGUUACACUUGUCAGUUCACCUAAAGCUAAGGCAUUCCCACAGUGCCUUGCAGGUACUCUGAUUAAGGGCGAUGGCCCUCAGGGUCGUUUGUCAUCCAUGGGAAAUCUGUGCUACCUGCAAGUGACAACUCACCAUAUAUUUACUAGCUGAGUUACCAGCAAGUACUGAGUAAGAACUGCACUGAUUUAAUUUGACACAGUGAGGAAUGGUAUUGCUGUAUUUCUGUGCUUUCUGGGUAACAGAUUUCCAGAUGAUAGAUUCCAUGUUUGUAUGUGGAUUUUACCUUUGGUACAUUGGUUAGCCUUUAUCUAAAUACUGUAUCAUCAAGCACCAAUCCUAUAGAUACCCUAGACCCACACUGUAAGGCCACUGACUUCCCCCCACUGCGUGAUGUGAAACGGGGAGGGGGGCAGGUAAGGUGACGGCAGGGAGGUCAAGGCCCCUAUAGUAAUGCCAACACCAAUGUAUCCAAGCAUAUUACAUUUUCCAUACUAUGAAUACUUUUGAGAGGGUUCUUUACAGCCAAAAAGCCUACUUGUAACCUAACCAGUCUCUUAACUCUUGUGAAUAAUGUGUAUUCCAACCAGCAGGAGGCAGUACUACUCUAGAAUGUGCUUAAUGCCAGUACUGCAUGUUAGUAUAUCUCUAUAGUCCCUGCUAUUUGUUACCAACAUAUGGUUUCGUAUUGGGCUGUAUUUGAAAGGCUGUCACUGCAUGAUCCCAUCCGCUGCUGUUUGUCAUGCCAUUACUGCCAUCUCUGCCUUCCCUAUGCCAAGGUCUGACCCACAUGGGUCGCCGUUUCCCGUGUGUGAUUUCCGUUCAAGGACUCGUACAACUGUGCCAUGUGAGUUUAACAUCAAAAUCCUAAAACUGCAAAAAAAAAAAAAGUCCAAUGACGUAAUAUAUCUGUAUAUAAGGAAGCUUAUUUUCUAUACAUAGUGUCUCAAUGUGCAAUAUGCAUGGGGUUUUUUUGUUUUAUUUUUUUCCAGAGAAAUAUAAAUAUAUAUUGUAUUUGUUACAGCAGUUGCAGGUUCCUGUCCCUUCAGCGUUGCCAGGUUCUGGUGUACAUAUCAACCAAUGUACAACCUGCCCUCUCCUCGCCUGAAGGGAUAAAGCACAUGAAAAAGAAAAAUAUGAACAGAACAAAUUAAAAAUGAUAUAUAUGGUAA